AUCUCCCAGGACUAGCCCAGUAGAAGACCUUCCCCCAUUUCCCUGGGCCUGGAACUAGGCUCAGGUGCAACCCCUUCCUACUUAUUGAAGCACCUGGAUUCCUGGCUGAUCAUCCUCACUAGGGCCCCUGAGGGAAUGACUUUUAUUGCAACCUCUCUCACCCUUGAUGGACAAUUCUUAUGCUAGCAGUUUGGGUGCAAAAUUCAACUGGUACCACUCUGGAGCAAAAUGAUUUCAUUUCCAAAUUUCACCAGCAGUUCUGGAUGCAGGGUGCAACUCUCAAGCCAAGGGCCUCCUGCCUUGUGGUCUGGUGGUAGGAUGGCAUCUAUGCCGUCUUCUAGAUGGUCUCCUCUUUUAGCUGGAGUUGGAAUAGCUGAUGUGUGUUCUUCUCAGGAUGCAGUGUUCUUUGAGGAGGUGGCUAUAUACUUCACAGAGGAGGAGUGGGUUCUGCUGGAUCAUGACCAGAGAGCUUUGUACAGAGAGGUCAUGCUGGAAAAUUAUAGAAUCAUGGCUUCUCUUGUUUCCAAACCUGACCUCAUCUCUUGGCUGGAAGACGAGAAGGAUUUGAUGGUCUGGAGCUCUGAAGAAGAGAGAUCAGCAGAUGUUGGGAAGGAUUGUAUGGGGCCGGGAAAAGGCCAGCCAUUGGAAAAGGCCAGCCAUGAAAUGGAGGAAGAGCCCUUCAGCAAUCAAGAGGGACCAGGGAGGCAGGAAGGAAACCAAGUAGAUUUCCAAGAAAUUCCAUUACAACAUGAAUCUCUUCGUAGAAAGGGAAGGAGGAAACGUCCUAGGUCUGGGAAAACACCGAGAUGUAAAUCAAGCACUGAUACACACUACAGAACUGACAUGGAUGAGAAGUCAAAUACAUGCCCUGAGGAAGGAAAGAUCUUGAGUCGGAGGUCACAGCUGAUCUCCCAGCACAGACCUCAAAGACAGGAGAAUGCUGAGAAUGGAUCGAAUAAGCAGCAGAGAUACCCAACAAAGCCUUCAAGGAAUGAACCCAGUGCUUGUUGGAGGGGGGCAUUCCCCCUCAUCCUAAACCUACAGGAACAAAAGUGUGGAGAGAGAAGGAAAAAAUGCCUUGUAUGGGCAAAGACCUUCAGUAGGAGUUCAAACCUUAAGGCACAUGGGAGAAUCCACACAGAGGGGAGGUUGUACAAAUGCUUGGAGUGUGGGAAACAAUUCAUGUUCAGUGCAAGCUUUACUUCCCACCAGAGAAUCCACAGAGAGGAGAAACCCUUUAAGUGCCUGGAAUGUGGAAGGAGUUUCGGUCAGAGAGUAAAACUUCUUUGCCAUAAAAGGGUUCACACUGGAGAGAAACUGUAUACAUGCACAGAGUGUGGGAACAACUUUAGUAGGCUUUCGAGCCUUACUAGGCAUCAAAGAAUACACACAGGAGACAAACCAUAUAAAUGCCUGGAGUGUGGAAAGAGCUUCAGGAACAGUUCCAGCCUCACUAACCAUCAAAGAAUCCACACAGGGGAGAAGCCUUAUAGCUGCCUGGAGUGUGGGAAGAGCUUCAGGAACAGUUCCAGCCUCACUAACCAUCAAAGAAUCCACACAGGGGAGAAGCCUUAUAGCUGUCUGGAGUGUGGGAAGAGCUUCAGGAACAGUUCAAUGCUUAUUAAUCAUCAAAGAAUCCACACAGGGGAGAAGCCUUAUAGCUGCCUGGAGUGUGGGAAGAGCUUUUCUGAUACAUCCAACCUCAGGCGACACAAUCGGAUUCACACAGGAGAGAAACCAUAUAAAUGCUUUGAGUGUGGAAAGAGCUUCAGGGACAGUUGCAACCUCACUAAACAUCAAAGAAUCCACACAGGAGAGAAACCAUUUACAUGCUCGGAGUGUGGAAAGAGUUUCCGUUUUAAUUCCAGCCUUUAUAAACAUAAAAGAAUGCAUUCAGGGGAGAAACCAUUUAAAUGUUUUGAAUGUGGAAAGAGCUUCAGAGACAGUGGCCACCUUACUGCCCACCAGAGAAUCCACAAAGGGGAGAAACCAUUUAAAUGCCUAGAGUGUGGGAAGAGCUUCACUCAGAUCUCAGGCCUCAAUUCCCAUCAAAGAACCCACACAGGAGAGAAGCCACAUGCCUGCUUGGAGUGUGGAAAGAUGUUCAGUGGUAAAUCAGGCCUUAAGAUGCAUCAGAAAAUCCACACAGGAGAGAAGCCCCACUCAUGUUUAGAGUGUGGAAGGAGCUUUUGUGCAAAAUCAGGCCUUACAAAACAUGAAAGGAUUCACACAGGGGAGAAACAAUUUAAAUGCAUGGAGUGUGGAAAGGGUUUCACCUGGAGCUCGGGCCUUGUUAAACAUCAAAGAAUUCACACAGGAGAGAAACCAUUUGAGUGUAUGGCGUGUGGAAAGAGCUUCCGUGGCAAAUCAUACCUUCUUGAACAUAAAAGGAUUCACACGGGAGACAGACCCUAUAAAUGCUCAGAGUGUGGGAAGCGUUUCUCAUUGCAUUGCACCCUUACUAGACAUCAAAGAAAACACACAGGGGACAAGCCAUUUAAAUGCUUUGAAUGUGGAAAGAGCUUUAGCCGUAGUGAAUCCCUUAUUGCCCAUCAAAGAAUUCACAAAGGAGAGAAACCAUUUAAAUGCCUGGAGUGUGACAAGAGCUUCACUCAGAUCUCUAGCCUAAAUUCCCAUCAAAGAACCCACACAGGGGAGAAGCCACACACAUGCUUGGAGUGCGGAAAUACCUUUCGGGAUAAAUCGAGCUUUAAGAUACAUCAGCGAACACACACAGGGGAGAAGCCAUACUUGUGCUUGGAGUGCGGAAAAAGCUUUUGUGCUAAGUCCAGCCUUACCAAACAUGAGAAGAAUCACACAGGAGAUAAACCAUUUAAAUGCAUGGCAUUUGGAAAGAGCUUCAGUUAUAGCUCUGCCCUGAACACCCAUCAACAAAUCCACACAGGAAAGAAACCCUUGAAAUGCCAGGAAUGUGGGAAAAGCUUCAAUCAGAGGCCAUACCUCAAUGCACACCAUCGGAGAAUGCACCCAAGGAAGAGCCAUUGUUAAAGCCUGUGAUCAGUGUUCCCUCUAACAGGGAUUCCCAGAUGUUGUUGACUACAACUCCCAGAAUCCCCAAGCAAAAGCCAUUGCAGCUGGGGAUUCUGGGAGUUGUAGUCAACAACAUCUGGGAAUCUCUGUUAGAGGAAACACUGCCUGUUACAUGGAAGGCUCUUUGGCUGGAGCAAGCACCUUUUCAUCUAUGAAUACAGCAGUGGAGACAACUUGUGAUACAUCUGAGCUCAUAUUCUUUGCAGUAGUCAUUUUAUUACUCUUGAGCUGCCUCCAAUGGGUAGAUGUCACAGAAGUAUUAAAAUGGCACAGCAGUCCCCUCUUACAGAGCCAGAUGGCAAUCCAGAAGACGGAAACUGCAAUAGGGAUGUCUCCUAAAGCCAUAUAAUUACCAAUGUGUUAGUAAUGUUACUCCAUUAAGCAGCUCACCACUAGGAAGCAUUGCCAUUUUCCCCCAUCUCACAUGAAGUCGUUUGUUUAAAAAACCCAUUUAAAGAUUUCUGUUUCUCUGCAGGAGCAAGAGCAUUGCUCCUAUUGGUUGAGGUGAUUAUGAUAUCAGUCCUGUUCAACCUCCCUUCACACUCCCUGCAGUGUAUAGAUAGGAUUUCCCGAGUUCCAGACUUGUUUCUGAUUUAUUUUGUGCCAGUUUCUUUAACAUGAUUGGAAAACAAGGUGCCUUGUAAAAACUUUACAGUGAGAAUUGGACAAUAUAUAUACAUACUUAUAUACAUUAUAUAUAGGUAGAGGUGUGUGUAUAUGUGUGUGUGUGAGAGAGAGAGAGACCGAGACCUUGUAAAUGUAUACAUAUUUAGGAGACAUCUGGUAGAAGAGCUGGUCUUGUCAUAAAGGUAAAGUGUGCCGUCGAGUCGGUGUCGACUCCUGGCGCCCACAGAGCC